GAGAAGCCAGCAGCCAAAAAAGCCAAACAACAAAGAGCUAUCUAUCUCUCUCUCUUUAAUAGACCCUUCUUCUCUCUUUUGUGGUUCGCUCUCUUUCUCUCGCUCUCGCUAGCUGUGUCCCUGGGUUUUCUAUAGUGCGCUUCUCACACAAUCUCAUCCUCUUACAGAUUCGUUGUCUUCUUCUCGAUCCCCAAACUGCAAUCAUGAGUGAUGAAGGAGAAAGGACUUGUCCUCUCUGCGCAGAAGAGAUGGAUUUGACUGAUCAGCAAUUGAAGCCGUGCAAGUGCGGCUAUGAGAUAUGUGUUUGGUGUUGGCAUCACAUUAUGGACAUGGCUGAAAAGGAUGACACAGAGGGGCGGUGUCCUGCAUGUCGUUCGCCUUAUGAUAAGGAAAAAAUUGUUGGGAUGGCUGCAAGCUGUGAGAGGUUGGUGGCCGAAAUCAGUUUCGAGAGGAAAAAAUGCCAGAAGGCGAAGACCAAAUCAUCUGAUGGACGUAAGCAACUUAGCAGUGUUCGAGUGAUUCAACGGAACCUUGUCUACAUAGUUGGCUUGCCUCUUAAUCUGGCAGAUGAAGAUCUUCUCCAGCACCGUGAAUAUUUUGGUCAGUAUGGUAAGGUUCUAAAAGUGUCCAUGUCUCGGACAGCUGCUGGUGUAAUUCAACAAUUUCCAAACAAUACAUGUAGUGUAUAUAUUACUUACUCAAAAGAGGAGGAAGCAAUUCGUUGUAUUCAAAAUGUACAUGGGUUUAUUUUGGAUGGUAGACCGUUGAGGGCUUGCUUUGGGACUACAAAGUAUUGCCAUGCUUGGCUGCGAAAUGUGCCUUGCACCAAUCCUGAUUGUCUCUAUUUGCAUGAGAUUGGUUCUCAAGAGGAUAGUUUCUCUAAAGAUGAAAUAAUUUCGGCAUAUACAAGGAGUAGAGUUCAGCAAAUUACUGGUGCUGCAAACAAUAUGCAACGGCGUGCGGGGAAUCUUUUGCCACCACCAGCAGAUGAAUAUUGCAGUAACAGUUCUGCUUCUGCUGCAAAACCUAUUAUCAAAAGUACAAGUCAGAAUGUGGCAAGUGUUGUUAGAGUUUCUCCACCAAAUUCAAGUUCUGGUAGCCCGGUAGCGCUCCCUCCUGCAGCCUCAUGGGCAACACGUGCUCCAAAUGGCCAGCCACCAGCUGCCAGUAUAGCAUGUGCAAAUGGGCCUUCCAAACAGAAAACUGAAGCAGUUAGUAGUACAUCAGUAUUUUCAUCAGCAGUUGCAGGCACAAUUCAGGCUUCCACAUUGCAUGGUGAUGGCAGCAAGAAGCCAACAUUAAAUGAAGAUAUUCAAACCAUAAACCCUCAAAGUAAAUCCGAAUCAUUGAAACCCUUGAAACAGCAUACAAGUAUGGAUUGCCUAAGCAAUCCAACUGAGAAACUUGCCAUACCGGAUGGAACUCAUGCUUCUUUAUCAUUGAGCAAUGAGUUAUCUUGUCCACCAGCAUCCAAGGACAAUGAUGGAGGCAUUAAUAUGCCACCAGACAUUACAGAUUCUGCUUAUAAUACAGGGCAUUCUUGUGCUUCUGUUCCUGAAAAAUUAGGGGUGGUUGCUAGUGGACAGAUUCAGAACUUAUGUUCUGUUAUGUCUUCGAUAAGCAUUGAUGGAAUUGCAAGAGAUGAACACUCUGGUGUAGUCAGACCUAAUAGUUCAGAGUCUGAUCCUGUUUUGAUUAAAGCGCCUGGAAUUCAAGGGUUACAGCAACAUUAUGCUGAGCAAUACAGAGAACCUGCAACCACAACAGUUGGGAAAGCUACCCCAAUUAAUGGGGUGUAUGCAUUAAGUGAACAAUGUGACUGGAGAUCAGAUUCAAAUGGUCAAGUAGCACAGGAUAAUGCUUCUGAAGUGGAAGACGAUGUACUAUCUUUUGAUAGUCAAAGACUCAAGGAUCCGGAAGUUGUGAGUAGGGCUACGUAUUUGCCUAAUUCAGCUAAUUCACUCCAUGCUUCAAGGUCCCAUCCAUUGCCACAUAGUGAGGUAUACGGUGCAGUUAGGUUAAACACUGAUCAUCCAAUAUCUUUGGAUAAUAGAAUUAGUGAAGGCUCACAUCUACAUUCAUCUAGCAUUUCGGUAUUAUCUAAUGGUUUCCCUGAGAACUUGGUCGGCAAUGCCUCUGGUUUGGAUAGGUCCUUGGAUCGCUCCUUUUUACUUCCAAAUGAAGAGAGAAGAAAUCCGAUGGGACGAUUUUUGGGUGAUGUAGCUAAUGGUGACAGCAAUGCUGUUAUUGAUAGAGGAGAGAGCAGUAUAAUCUCAAAUAUAUUAUCAUUGGACUUUGAAUGGAAUGAAUCGUUGGCAUCCCCUCAGCGUCUAGUUAAAUUGUUGGGUGAACGAGAUAAAGAGUCUAGUUCUCUCAAAAUGUCAAGUUCUUGGAAAGGACAAAAUAAUAAUAAUCAGUCCAGGUUUUCUUUUGCAAGGCACGAGGAAUCGAGAAAUCAAAUAUUUGAUGUACAACCAUCUUUUAAUGCAAUCGAGCAAUUUCCAAAGAGCCGUUCAUAUAGCCAGGAUUUUGCUGAAAGAGAUAUGUACAUGGAUAAAAUUGGAAUUGGCAAUGGUUUCUCUUCCCGAAAUUUUGAAGAAUCUGAAUUUCUUACUAGCAGUCAUCCUGUUAUCUCUUCUAGUAAGCUUUCUGGUGUUUCGAGAGCACAAAUUUCUGCCCCUCCUGGAUUCUCAGUUCCAAGCAGGGCCCCGCCCCCGGGUUUUUCAUCUAAUGAGAGAGUGGACCAAGCUUUUGACCCUAUGGCUGGAAAUCAUCUGCUUGACACUUCCUCCUUGUUGAGAAAUUCCUAUCAGGCACCUACCUCUGGAAAUAUUGGUAAUACCGGGGAUAUUGAGUUUAUGGAUCCUGCAAUUUUGGCUGUUGGUAAAGGGAGAAUUCAAGGUGGGCUUGGCAAUCCGGGCUUGGACAUGAGAUCAAAUUUUUCCCCACAAUUAAGUGCCUUUGAAAAUGAUGCAAGAAUGCAACUAUUGAUGCAAAGAUCACUCUCCCCGCAGCAGAACUUAAGAUUUUCUGACAUUGGAGAUAAUUUUUCUCACCAUAAUGAUUCUUAUGGCAUUUCCUCAAGGCUUGUGGAUCAACCACAAGUUAAUAAUAUAUCCCAUUUUGCACAGCUGCCCCUCCAACAGUCUAGAAGUGCGCAUAUGUCUAAUGGCAACUGGGACAAUUGGAAUGAAGUUCAAAGUGGAAACAGUUUGGUUAUGGCUGAUCUCCUAAGAAAUGAAAGAUUGGGAUAUAACAAAUUUUACAAUGGUUAUGAAGAUUCAAAGUAUCGGAUGCCCAGUUCUGGUGAUCUCUAUAAUAGGACAUUUGGGAUGUGAUCUUGUCGCUUAUAAGAAUGAUCUAUCUUUUACUUGGCUGGCAAUAUUAUGCUUAAACAGAAAAGCGAAAAUAAUCUUUUGCAAUUUGGUGGCACUUUAUUGAGAGGAUGUACUGACUCAUAACUGGUCUCGUUGGGCAGCCUGAUGAAGGAUCAAUCUCCCGAAAAAUGUGGGGUCUGGUUGCCAGUCGGUGAACGAAGCUGCGAUUCUACAAAGUAACAUGACAUUGUAACAUUUGAUGGAUGGGAAAGGGUUGUUAUUAAGUGAAUGCUUUUAAUGAUCUAAUUGGCAAGCAGACGCUCCUGAUAUUUUCUCCUAGUUUCAGAAAGAGUUGAAGUCAAUGUUGCUCUCACUCACCAAUUAAGCGGAUGGAAUCUGACCUUAACUUGUUUUUUUCUUUUCUUUUUUUUCUUCUUUCUUUUUUUUUUCUUUUUUUUUCUUUUUUUUUUUUUUUUUUUUUUUUAAUUUUUAAAAAUUUUGAGUUCUAUACUACUACUACUGCCUUCACAGUUCUACUACAUGUAUGAAGUGGCCGGACCCUGAGUGGUUUGAGUUUUGGGGGAAAAAAAUGCCCCUUACAGUUUUACAAUAUGACAAUCUUAUCACAUGUUUCUUCUA